AUGGUUAAAACUAUAGAUAAAUCAGUAACAACAAAUAUAAAGCAAUAUCACAUAGUUGGUAGAGCUAUCCCAACAGAAAAAGAUAAAAACCCUAAUGUUUAUCGAAUGUGCAUAUUUGCAAAAAAUGAGACAAAUGCAAAAUCACGAUUUUGGUAUUUCAUGAAAAAAAUAAAUAAGUUAAAAAAAUCAAAUGGUGAAAUAUUAGCUUGUGAAAUAAUAAGAGAAAGAUUUCCUCUACGUGUAAAAAAUUAUGGAGUUUUAUUAAGAUAUGAUAGUAGAACAGGAACACAUAAUAUGUAUAAAGAAUUUAGAGAUACUACCAAAGAAGGAGCUAUUUCUCAGUUAUAUUCAGAAAUGGCCGGAAGGCAUAGAGCAAGGGCAUCUUCUAUUAGUAUUAUAAGAAUAUCUGAAAUUAGUUCUAAUUUAGUUAGGAGACCACAUAUUAGACAGUUACUAAGGAAAAAGCUAAGAUUUCCAGCAUUACAUUUGCCUACAUUGAAAAGAGAAUUUAGAAAAAAGUAUGCAGCUAAAAGACCAUCUACAUACAGGAUGUAA